GGAAGGACUAUAAAGUUACCCCCAAUUCUCCGGCAGAUCCUCUAUCCUCCUCCUCCUCCGAUCUUGUACCUUCAGAUCUCUAUCGGUCUUUAUCCGACAAUGCUUCCUUAACUAUUUGAUUUCAAAACACAUUAUAUGAAGAAACAAUGGGCUCGAUCUGUCUGUAAAUAAAUAAAUAGAUACAACAAUUUACCCCCUUCUUCUUCUUCACCGCUCCGUGUUUUCCGGGAAGAAAAAUAAAAAAUGAUUCCAACUUUCCUAUUGUUCAUCUUCCUCGCUUCUUCUUCUGUUGGUUCGAUUCUCUCUUUGAACCAAGAAGGUAUAUACCUCCAACAACUCAAGCACGGAUUCGACGAUUCAGAUGGCAUCUUCUCCACCUGGAAUGAACGGGACAAUACGCCGUGUAAAUGGGCAGGAGUCACAUGCAGUCAAUCCUCCGUCACCGCCGUAGACCUAUCCAACGCCAACAUAGCUGGUCCAUUCCCAUCUGUUGUUUGCCUUCUCACUAGCCUCACUUUUCUUUCUCUCUACAAUAACUCCGUUAAUUCCACUCUCCCUGAUCUCUCCGCUUGUCAGAAUCUCCAGCAUUUAAAUCUAGCUCAAAAUCUGCUUACUGGGUCUCUCCCUCCGUCUUUAGCUGAGAUGGUUAAUUUAAAACACCUUGAUUUGGCUGGCAACAACUUCUCCGGCGAUAUUCCGAUCAGUUUCGGUCGUUUUCAGAAGCUCGAGGUUCUCUCUCUUGUUUUCAACCUUCUAGAUGGGACGAUUCCUUCGUGUUUGGGGAACAUAUCGACUCUCAAGCAGCUGAAUCUCUCAUACAACCCUUUUGCGCAGGGUCGAAUCCCGCAUGAGAUUGGGAAUCUCGUUAAUCUCGAGAUCCUCUGGCUCACCGACUGCAACUUGGUUGGUCCCAUUCCUGACUCGCUAGGACGACUCAAUCGACUUACGGAUUUGGAUUUAGCUUUGAAUGCGCUCAACGGGCCUGUUCCGAGUUCACUCACUUGGUUAACGAGUGUUGUCCAAAUAGAACUCUAUAACAACUCGUUAACUGGCCGGUUACCGUCUACGGGGUGGUCGAACAUGACGGCCUUAAGGUUGUUUGAUGCGUCAAUGAAUGGGUUGACUGGAAUGAUCCCCGAAGAGUUGUGUUCUUUACCGCUUGAAUCUCUCCACCUAUAUGAGAACAAUUUAGAGGGAAAUCUACCAGAAAGUAUAGCUAAUUCUCCAAAUUUAUACGAACUGAGGCUUUUCGAGAAUCGGCUGACAGGAGAAUUGCCAAAAGAUCUGGGAAGAAACUCGCCGUUGGUCUUGAUAGAUGUUUCGAGCAAUCAAUUUUCCGGGCAAAUACCCAAGGGUCUAUGCGAGAAGGGGUUUCUGGAGGAGAUGUUGAUGAUAUACAACUCAUUUUCCGGCGAAAUACCUUCAAGUUUGGGGGAAUGUAGAAGCUUGACAAGGAUCAGAUUGGGGAACAACCGGUUUUCCGGCGAAGUGCCGGAGGGGUUCUGGAGUCUCCCAAAUGUCUACCUGCUCGAGCUAGUAAGCAACUCAUUUUCCGGUGGAAUCGCGAAAACCAUAGCCGGAGCGACUAAUUUGUCAACUCUGUUUAUUUCUUGGAACAAUUUUUCCGGCGUCAUUCCCGAUGAGAUUGGCUUUUUGGAUAGUUUGCUGGAGUUCACCGGUAGUAACAAUUUGUUUUCUGGUUCUUUGCCGACUAGCAUUGUGAAUCUUGGCCAAUUGGAAAAGCUUGACCUCCAUAACAAUCAUCUCUCUGGUUACCUCCCCAGUGAAAUUCAUUCUUGGAAUAAGCUCAAUGAGCUGAAUCUUGCAAACAAUCAGCUUUCCGGCAUUAUUCCAGAUGAAACCGGAAACUUAACGUCACUUAAUAACCUUGAUCUUUCCGGUAACCAAUUUUCCGGCAAAAUCCCAUACGGGUUACAGAAUUUGAAGCUCAAUAAGCUGAACUUGUCAAAUAAUCGACUAUCAGGUGACAUACCGCCUUUAUACGCCAAGGAAAAUUAUAAGAACAGUUUCAUCGGCAAUCCUGGUUUAUGCGGCGACAUAAACGGCUUAUGUGAAACCAAAAGUGUUGGCUACAAAUGGUUAUUAACAACAAUCUUCGUCCUCGCCGGUAUGGUUUUCAUUGCAGGACUCGUUUGGUUCCAUUCGAAAUACAAGAAUUUCAAGAACGCUAACAAGGAAGAACCCAACAAAUCAAAAUGGACAUUGAUGUCAUUCCACAAACUGGGUUUUAGCGAACAAGAGAUCUUGGGUUCUCUCGACGAAGAUAACGUGAUCGGAAGAGGCUCCUCGGGCACUGUAUACAAGGUGGUUUUGAGCGAUGGUGAGGCUGUUGCUGUUAAGAAGCUAUUCGGACUGUCGAAGAUCGAUGGGGAGAGUGGUGAAGAUUUGGAGAAAGGCUGUUCGAAAGAAGACCGUUGCUUUGAGGCAGAAGUUGAGACAUUAGGGAAGAUAAGACAUAAGAACAUAGUCAAGCUAUGGUGUUGUUGUUCUACCAAGGAUUGCAAGCUUCUUGUUUACGAGUACAUGUCGAAUGGAAGUCUUGGAGAUUUGCUUCAUAGUGGUAAGAGUGGCCUUUUGGAUUGGCCAAUUAGGUAUAAGAUAGCUUUGGAUUCAGCCGAGGGUCUUUCGUAUUUGCACCACGACUCUGUUCCUCCUAUAGUUCAUCGUGAUGUGAAGUCGAACAAUAUCUUGUUGGAUUCGGAUUUUGGAGCUCGGGUGGCCGAUUUCGGAUUGGCCAAGCCCGUCGAUGCGAUUGGAAAGGGUGUUAAGUCAAUGUCUGUUAUCGCCGGUUCUUGUGGCUACAUUGCCCCUGAAUAUGCAUAUACAUUGCGGGUGAACGAGAAAAGCGACAUAUACAGUUUCGGGGUGGUGAUUCUUGAAUUGGUAACGGGUAAGCGACCAAUCUCCCCUGAAUAUGGGGAGAAGGAUUUGGUGAAGUGGGUUUGCGCCACUUUCGAUCAAAAGGGUGUUGAUAAUGUGAUCGAUCCAAAACUUGAAUCUUGUUUUAAGGAUGAAAUAUGCAAGGUUCUUAAUGUGGGUCUAUUAUGCACUAGCCCACUUCCGGUUAACCGACCGUCGAUGAGAAAGGUUGUGAAGAUGUUGCAAGAAGUGAGGGCAGAGUUUUACGAGAUGAAAGGCGUAUCGAAAGAUGGAAAAUUGACGCCUUAUUAUUACGAAGAUGCUGCCUCCGACAACGGAAGCUUAGCUUAGCAUUAUGAGGUUUUUUCAUAGAAAAGACAAAAAGGAAAUUGCUUGUUUUUUAAAAGUCAGAAUUGUAUGAAAUAUGAAUGUAAGCAAAGCAAAGGAGAUGAAUCAUUAUUAAAGGCGUUGUUUUUCUUCGUAUUUGUUUUAAAUGUUCAGGUAGUUGAUAUAAAUGACAAUAACAGUAAA